UUCAAUUUGUAGCAUAGAGUGUGCAGACGAAGUAUUGGAGACUCAAUAGAAACUAACGAAAAUAAUACAAUGGUUGUUACAGAAAAAGACUACAAGAAAAGACAACAACAACCCCGUUGCCAGAAACACAGACACAGAACUCAUUAUGAUAAUAUAACGAUUGACCUAACACACCGGGACAAAAAAAUUCAUGUAAGAAUCAAGACAAAUGGUAGCAGCUACAAGUAUAAGAAUAACCACAAGCAAAACCAUCGUCAUGUCCAUCAUCACGAAGAUGAAAAUCAUCAUUCCGAAGGCAAGCAUGAACAUCACGACGAGUACAAGCAUGGACACAAAAACGGUCAUAAUCGCAGCCAUCACCACAAACAUGAAAACCACGAUGAUCACACAGAUAAACAUAAGCAAGGACAACAGCCCGAUAUUGAUCAUCAUGAUCAACACUCCGAACACAAACACGAUCCUGAGCACAGCAAUGACAAGGACAAUAAUCAUGAAAACCACCAUGAGCACAAAAAUGAAUUUAAGCACGGUCACGACUUUAUUCAUGAUGACAAACAUAACAAUCUCAAGCAUGAUCACAGUCAUUACCUGUCUGAUGAAUAG